UUUUUUGAUGAAGCCCUCACAAUUGUGGAAACGGAUCGUCGUCUGCAUGCUGCAGACCUUCAGCUGAUGCAGCGGCGGAUGGGCGACAACACUGAUACCGUCAUGCGGCGGCUUCGGCAGGAGCUGGAGGAAUGUCGUGCACUCUCAUUGGUGGAAAAGGAGCAAAAUGCCGCUCUGCUCGCCGCGCGUGAGGCGGAGAUUGAGAAGUUGCGAGGGGAGCUGAAGCGUGAAAGGAGGCGACAGAGACGCGUUGAGGAGCGACACCGGCUGGAGUUUGAGGGCGUGAAUAGUGAGGUGAGCCUCAUGCGGCAGGCGGUGCGGGCCAUGGAGAAGCGAGUGUACUACUCACAGUAUCACAGCCUCUCCGCGUAG